GAAGGCAGCGGGGAGGAAAAGCCACGAAGGUACCCCAGGAGGAGGGGCUCCAAAGCCAGCCCAGGGUGCUCUGAGGAGGAAAGACUCACCCUGUGCCAGGAAGGCAGCUGGGGCUUGAGCCGGUGCCCUGACCUGGAGGUCCACGUUCAGUUUCACCCCAGGCAGAAGCCCUACAAGUGCUUACAAUGUACAAAGAAUUUCAGCCACAUCUCCCACCUCUUCUGCCACCAAAGCCUACACACAGAGGAGGAGCCAUACAAAUGCGUGAAAUUAUUGAAGAACUUUGGCCAGAGCUCCAAGCUUAGCACUCAGCAAUCCCUGCACACUGGGAAACAGCCCUGCAAGUGCUUGGACUGUGGGAAGAGCUUCAAUUGUAACUCUGCUCUCGUUGCCCACCAGCGCCUGCACACAGGGGAGAAGCCCUACAGGUGUCAGAAAUGUGGGAAGAGCUUUGGCCGGAACUUUCACUUGAACCGCCACCAGAUGAUCCACACAGAGGAAUGUCCCUACAAGUGUUCUGAGUGUGGGAGGGGGUUUCGGAACAGGGCAAAUCUCAUAAGGCAUCGGUGGACGCACACGAGGGAGGGGCCCUUCCCCUACACCAACUGCAGGAAGAGCUUCAAGCACAACUCCAGCCUCAUCACCCACCGGCACGUCCACACUGAGAGGAGGCCCCACAAGUGUCCUGAGUGUGGGAAGAGCUUCAGCUUUAGCUCCUACCUGAUCCGCCACCAGAUUGUCCACACCAGGGAACGGCCCUACAAGUGUGGGGAAUGUGGGAAGAGCUUCAGCCGGAGCUCCAACCUCACCAACCACCAGCGCCUGCACACGAAGGAACGGCCCUACAAGUGCCCGGAGUGUGAGAAGAGCUACAGCAUCAAGUCCAACCUGAUCCGCCACCAGAAGAUCCACAGUGGGGAACGACCCUACGAGUGUCUCAAGUGUGGGAAGACAUUUCAGAGCAGUGCAAAUCUCCUCACGCAUCAGCGGACGCACACGGGGGAGAGGCCUUUCCACUGCACUGACUGUGGGAAGAGCUUCAGGCAGAACCCCAGCCUCAUCAGACACCGGCGCAUCCACCACGGGGAGAGGCUCUACCAGUGUCCCAAGUGUGGGAAGAGCUUCGAGCAGAGCUGCGCCUUGACCACACACCAACAGACCCACCAGUAAGGGAAGCCCUACAACUGCUCCAGCUGUGGGAAGAGCUUCAUCCACUGCUCCAUCACCUACGUGGGGCAUAGACCCAGUGACCUAAGUUCCUGUUGACCCACAUUGGGAAGACACCUGGCUGGUGGUCUCCACAUCCUUAUGGUUCCCUAUAGGCACCUGGGUGAACACAGGGGGAGGAACAUCCAUCAGGACACAGACCAGAUGUCAGAAAUUCAUUGGGAAGAGUGGAUUUGUUGUCUUUAGACCCCCAAAGAAUUUCACCUGCUCAUUCCAAUCAUUUGAUUUGGCAUCAAGCAACACUGGGUAAUCUUCGAGAUCUUUUCCACCCUAAAUAAUUCUAUGUUUCUAAUUCUCCAUGGCCCACGGGCCACCCAAACACACCUCACAGGACAUGUAGGUCCUUUUAUGUUGGCCCUGAUUUUGUUUUGAUCCAUCUUCAUUCCUUAAAAACACCUGAAAUUGGGGUAAAAAUAAAGAAAUACAAUAAAGAUA